CUUUUUUCACUCCGGAGUGUCGAAGCCACGGAACGCAGUCUCACUUUCUUGACGAGCAUACGGGAGCCCGUCGGUGGCGUCUCGCAAUUGUUUGCAAGUGCUAUUUGACUCGGGACACCGGGUGCAUGCAGCGACGUAAAUUAGUUGACUUCGCAUUAAGAUAACAACCAUGAAAAAAAACAGCAAGAGGAGCCUUGCGGCUUCUGCAAAUGCAUCGGAGGUGGAAGUGAAGAAGAAAAAGAAGAAAAUUCGGGAGUGCGACCCUGUCAAUGAAGAACCAACAGAGGACCAAGAGCAAAUGCCUUCGUCAACAGAAGAACCGGAAUCGGAAGGUCCAACAGAUGAUUCUGGCGACAGCGCGGAGCAGCAAGGCGUACAGAAGACAGACAAGGCCACUGGAAAGGAUUCUUUCUUCAGCGAUGUCACAUUCGAGUCCCUCGACAUUUGUGACCCUGUCAAAAAGGCUCUCGCCGAGAUGAAGAUGGAACGCUUGACAGAGAUCCAAGCCAAGUCGAUCCCCCGGCUUCUGGAGGGCAGAGACGUCUUGGGAGCGGCUAAAACAGGAUCUGGAAAAACCCUCGCUUUCCUUGUCCCGGCCGUCGAGCUCCUGUACCAAGUUAAAUUUCUUCCUCGCAAUGGGACGGGGGUGAUCGUCAUUUCCCCUACCAGAGAGUUGUCUUUGCAGAUUUUUGAUGUCGCAGCAGAGCUGGCGAAGUUCCUCCCUCAGACCCUCGGUCUCGUGAUUGGGGGCGCAAACAGGAAGCACGAAGUCGAAAAGCUGCAGAAGGGAGUGAACAUUCUGGUCGCCACGCCUGGACGACUUCUCGAUCACCUUCAGAACACAAAGGGCUUUCAGUAUUCCAACCUCCUCUCGCUGGUGAUCGACGAGGCAGAUCGAAUCCUUCAGAUUGGAUUUGAAGAGGAAAUGAACGCCAUUCUCCAGAUGCUUCCCCAAACCCGCCAAACGUGUCUCUUUUCCGCAACGCAAAGCGCGAAAGUGGCCGACCUCGCUAGACUUUCCCUUAAGAAACCUGUUUUCGUUGAGGUCAAGGACACCGUGGCGACGGUUCGCGGCAUCCAGCAGGGCUAUGUUGUCUGUCCCGCAGAGGAACGUUUUCUUCUCCUUUUCACAUUUUUGAAGAAGAACCGGGAGAAGAAGAUUAUGGUUUUCUUCAGCAGUUGCAUGUCGGUCCGGUUCCACGAUGAGCUCUUCAACUACAUCGAUCUUCCAACGACGUGCAUUCACGGCAAGAAGAAACAAAAUGCUCGGAUGUCGACGUACUACGACUUCUGCAAUGCUGAAAAGGGCAUUCUUCUCUGCACGGACGUCGCUGCACGUGGUCUCGAUAUUCCCAAGGUUGACUGGAUCGUCCAGUACGACCCACCUGAUGAUCCAAAGGAGUACAUUCACCGUGUGGGGCGUACAGCUCGAGGUGCGGGGGGUACCGGAAAAGCCCUGCUGUUUCUUAUGGCUGAAGAGAUUGGCUUUCUGCGGUAUCUUAAACAAGCGGGAGUUCCCCUCAACGAAUACACUUUCCCCUCAAACAAAAUCGCCAAUGUCCAGAGUCAGCUGGAACGCUUAAUCGAGAAAAACUACUACCUUCACAAAGCUUCCCAAGAUGCAUAUCGCUCUUAUCUUCAUGCGUACGCCUCUCAUACUCUCAAAGACAUUUUCAACGUCCACGCCUUGGACCUUCAACGCGUAGCACGGGCAUUUGGAUUCUCGGUUCCGCCCAGAGUGGAGCUCAACCUGAAGGCAAAGAGCCGAACUAAAGUUGACAAGAAGACACAGCGGUUUUCUGGGACGGGCCACAAGUUCUCCGCCUCGAAUCCCUACGGAAAAAGAGAAGAAGGCGACCGCAGGCAAUUUUCGCGGUGAUCGUCUGUUCAGCGCUCGCGUGCCCUUUCACAGCGGGCGUAACAUAUACCUGUUGGAAGCCGGAAUGAGUGGUUCGAGAAAGACGUUUUCCAGAGAAUCAAAUUUUGACAGCGGUCACGGGACAGGCGCUGGCAUACCGCAGGUCACUGCUCUGAACCUGCUUUGUGCGUAGUCGAAGAAAUUCUACAGAAUGCCUCCGCGGGAGGCAGUCGGGAGCGAGAUAGCGGAUUGAGGGUAGACGGCAAGAGGUGUUAGUAGGGAACGCGCUUUUGUGUAUGAAAAUCAGGCGCACAACAAAGUUUUCCGUGUGUGAACGAGAUGUUCGCGCUGGACAACGGGCUGAAAAGUGGCUCUUGUUCUGUGACGUUUUCUGGGGUAGUGACUGCAGUACUGGCCUUCCUUUGGUGAGGAGCGCGCAUUUUUGGAGGUGACAGGAACUAUGAGGUUGAAAAUGCGAUUCCUCGUUUCGAAGUACAUGUUGAGAAUACUUCUCACAGAGUGGAAACGACAGGCAAACAAGGUCCGGUUCGUGCGCUCAAAGGACACAGGCACUGUAGCUCAUUGCCACGUCUAUAUCGUUCGCAGGACUCACGGCAAUAUCAGAGACGGGCCAGGCCUACCACCAGCCGCCGACAACGAAUCGCCAUGUCUCUGGAUGGCCCUACCGGGCAGCGUAGUGACUGUGAAAAUACACCCAUACGCUUCGACACAAAUGAAGAGUUAUGCAGCUAUACGAAUACCUGCAUGUUGAUAUUCCAUGAAGGGGAGCGAAACAUCCUACGGCCGGUAGCAGACCCUCUGAGUUGUUGUUGCCUUCUGCA